UGGACAAUGUUUGGCAAGUUAUCAAGCUAUCAUUGUUGACAGACAAACGUAUGAAUAUGGUUUGUCUGACUUUUGGAUCGUGUCAAAGCCGGAAGUGCCGGUAGUUUCAUGCUAGCAGCACAGUGAACACUGCUUACAUCUGUAGCUAAUGUUCAAAACCCUGUUCAGAAAAGAUUCAGUCCCCUGACAGCGAACACAACACAACACUACAAGUAUGCUAUGAUUAAAGACCGCAUCUCUACACAGUCAGAGAUGUUGGAAGUCCAGAGGCGCUGGUCAACUAGCCUGUAAAAGUCCUUGUUUGGGGUGAUGGGGCCAGACGGUGCUCCAGGUCCAGCUGUGCCCUGGCGGAAGGUGCUGUGGGAGCGACAACCUUUCCCUGAUAAUUACGUGGACCAGCGGUUCCUGGAGGAGCUGCGGAGGAAUGAGGGCAUCCAUCAGUACCGCUACUGGGCUGUGGUGAAAGAAGCAGGCUUUGUGGGACAGCAACUGUCAUGCGUGGCCAUUUUUAUCACCCUCUGGCUCUACAUGGAGCAGGGUCUCCUGUCCCCUGAGAAGCUGCUGUGGACCAGCCUUGUCUGCGCCCUGCUUGGUUAUGGACUGCACCAAGCUUUGACAUCUCAAAUGGAGUCCGGCUGUGAGCUCCGGACCCGCCUGGCCGACUUACAGAGUGCCACUAUCUUUCUCUCCUUCACAUUUGGCUUCUCGCCAGUUCUAAAGACACUAACAGAGUCUGUGAGCACUGACACGGUGUAUGCCAUGUCUGCUGUGAUGCUGCUGGCCCACCUGGUGUCGUUCCCUUACGCUCACCCCUCUCCCCCCGGCAGCCUGUCCCUAAACGCAGCCCUGUUUGCCUCAGUGUGUCUGGCCUCAAGGUUACCUGGCGCUCUGCACACCUUUGCCAUGCUUAGCUGUGCCCUGCUGGUGUUUGCCAUGUGGCCCUGUCUGCUGCAAAGGUUGAGGGAAACCGCCCCGAGUCAGUUCACUGGCUUGUGUGUGGGAGUGUGUGUUGGAGGGGUGGGAGGUCUGGGGUCGCAGUCGCCAGGGGGAGCUGUGCUCUUGGCCCUGGCAUUAGGGAGCGUUACGCUGCUCUGCCCUCUGCUGCUGGUCAUGCUUCAGAGGCACAAGGACAACAUCCAAGGACCCUGGGAUGAGGCUGAGAUUCAUGAGGACAUCAACCACUUCCUUCACUAAUGGACUAAGCCAAGAGGAUUGCAAUGCAAUGACUUCAGUUACAUUUAAGCUUUUGGACAACUGAUAAUUUAAAACUACUGUAUUAAUUGUCAGUCUGCAGUAUUAACUCGGUGCUGUACAGCUAAACUUAUAAAUGUUAAUAUUCAAUCAGUCAUCCACAUCUGUUUGAACAGCCAUGACAACAUUCUCUUGUGGAGAAUACGAAGAUGUUUUAAAUGAUCAAGCUGCUACUGUCUGACAAGCGUUGACCUCAGACUUUGUUCGGAGGGUAUCAACUCAUGUGCAGCAGUCUGAUGCUAUGCACCAAUUUAAAACCCAUGAUGUUUUAAUAAUCUGCGGGAGAUGCUCCAUGUUUUAUGGUUGGGUUGAGUAUGUUGAUGUUGAGCGUGAAUGGAUUGAUAUAUAGUGUUAAGCACAGUGGCUUGAAACUAAUCAUUGUACAAAUUAAGAUUUUAAAGGAUUUUUAAAACUUCUUUUCCGGUGAAUGUUAUUUAAUAAAAUACUUGACUUUACCUGAACUGCA